AUGUUACGACCUGUUCGAGGCCGAGACCGUGUACGACAAACUACCUAUUCUGAUGGUUUUAUUGUAUCACUGACACCUACUACUAGUAGUGGCGUAUCACUAUCUUCCUCAUCGCCGACAAGAGAUGACAAUCAGUCUGAAUCUGGCUUUUCCUCACCGUCAAUCGAUUCCCAAAAGUCGACGUUGUUUCAAAGGAUACACUAUGGUGUUGUAGGUCGUGGUAGACCUAUCAAACAAAACGUUGUACCAAAAGAUGUUGUGCCAGAAGAUCCUUAUUGGACUGUCACCAACUUGACCAAUGCACAAUUCCAUUCAAAUAUUCGACCAACAAAACCCGAUGAACUAGGAACACUUGGAAAACAAAUACAAGUCAUCGUCAACUAUUUUCCUAUACUUCAAUUUCCACAUAAAUAUCUCGUUUACAAAUAUCAUAUUCAAAUACGUAAUAAGAAAGAUUUUGAAAUUCAUCGAGAACGUCGACGAUACCCACAAAUUGAUCGGCAUAAAAUUGUCUAUGAUAACCAAUCAACAAUUCUUGUAUUCGAUCAACCAUUACCUAACAUUGAUGAAAACACUGUUGCUGAGGACAUAAAAGGACCUAAUCGUUCAAAUCGACAAGAACUUCACAAAGUGAUCGUUCGAAAAGCAGGAUGUCCAGUUGAUUUAGCUGUGAUACAGAAUACGAAGGAAAUUUUUGAUACAGAAAAUUUAACAAAUUAUACACCUGAAAGUCUUCAGAAUAUCAAACAAAUUCUAUCGAUUGUAUUACAUGAACAUUGUUCAAAUCAUGCUACUUUCAUUUACAACCGAUGUUUUUUUUCCUCGACGACAGAUGGAUCCCAUGGAGAAUGGGAUCUUGGUUUAGGCAAAGCAUUAUGGCGAGGUUUUUAUUCAUGUCUUGUUUUUGCUAAAGGAAAACAUAAACUUCUCAUGAAUCUUGACGUCAAACAUACAGUGUUUAUGAAAAAACAACCAUUUCUUGAAUUUCUUUGUGAAAUUAUGUUGCAUAGUCCAUGUGGUAAGCGAAAAUAUGCUCGUCAACGAAAUGUUUCCAAGGCUGAUGGUGAGGAUGUACUCAGAUUUCUCGACAUCAAUAACCCGACUUACAGAAACGAAAUAGAUUUUCUUCUGAAACAUUGUAAACAUCUUCGUGUUCGAUCACAAAAUGCAGAUAAACCUAUAACUUAUGAAAUAUCGCAAUUAGGAAAUUCAGCAUCAACACAAAAUUUUGAAUGGAAAACAAAUAAAAAUAAAACUGUGACAGUUGAACAAUAUCCAUCUUUACCUGUAUUACAAAUGCGUAGUGGAUCUUAUUUACCAAUGGAACUAGUCGACGUUGAACCCGUUAGAGUGAAAAAAAUUACUGAUGACCAAAGAGCUCUACUCUGUAAAUAUUCAUCAAUUGUACCUCCUGUAUAUUGUAAAUCAAUUAAGAAUAUUCGUGAAAACCCAAAACAACAAUGUUUUGAAGAAGAUCCAUUUGUUGCUGCUUGGAAUCUAAAUGUUGGUACCAAUAUGCUGACAUUACCAGCUCGGAUCUUACCUAUGCCUGAGAUAGUUUAUACUCCUCAAUAUAGAGUUACUGCUGAAGCAGUUCGAGAUCUUGGUACUUGGGAAAUGAAACCAACACAAUUUCACAAGCCUGCAACAUUUCCUUCUGUUUGGGGGUUGAUUAACUUAUCAUCAUUAAAUCAACAGGCAUGCGAAGAUUUCUAUAAUGAACUUUGUGCUGUAGCACAACACCGUGGUAUUGACUGUCAUCCACCUGAAAUUUAUGAAGAAUAUGAUUCUCAACAUCAUACAACUAAUGACGUCAUCGCCUUAUUGAAAGAUAAAACAAAUCGAAAUGCUGAUUGCAAGUUUCUUUUAGUCAUCUUAUCGAUGAAUAGUAGAAUUAGAAGUUAUAUUUAUGGUACUUUGAAGAAAAUGUGCGAGUUAGAGUUUGGUUUUGGAAUUGUUACUCAAAUGAUUCGUGAAUCAAAUGCUGUUAUAGGUACACGAAGAGAUCGAACAAAAUGGGAUUAUGCAAAAUUGAAUCAUAUUUUACUAAAAAUCAAUACCAAGUUAAAUGGAAUAAAUUAUAUUCUUAAAGUGCAUGAUGUUAUAAAUCGGUUUUUUUCGCGUGGUCAUCGUAUCAUGUAUGUUGGUGCUGACUUGAGUCAUCCUCCGUCAAGUUAUGGUUUUCAACUUUCAGUUGUAGCUGUUGUUGCGUCAGCUGAUGAUAUACCUAAUUGCUAUUUUAAAGAAGUUUAUCAACAACUACGACCAGCAGAAGCACGAGGUGAAAGUCGAGAAUAUAUUGUUAGUAUGAAAGAGAUCAUGAAAUCUUUGAUUCAACAAUAUGCACUACAUCAAGGUUAUCCACCUACAGCAAUUGUUAUUUAUCGGGAUGGUAUUUCUGAAGGUGAAUUUGAUUCUGUCUUUGAAAAAGAAUUAAUGGCAAUACGGGAAGCUUGUGUUGAUUUAUCACCAGUUUAUCGACCAUAUAUUACAUAUAUUGUUGUUAAUAAAAAACAUCAUACAAGAUUAUUUCCGAUUAACUCAGAAAAGAAUGUUGCAGCGGGUACUAUUCUCGAUUCACAUGAUAUCACUACAGCUACUACUUAUGAUUUCUAUUUGAAUAGUCAGCAUGGAGCACUGGGAACAAGUCGACCAACUCAUUAUCAUGUAUUAUAUGAUGAUAAUAAAUUACAACCAGAUGAAGUUCAAAUGUUAACUUAUGCACUUUGCUAUACAUAUGCUCGAUGUACUCGUUCAGUGUCCAUACCAGCACCAGUGAAAUAUGCUGAUUUAUUAGCUCUUCGUGCUACUUAUUAUAUAAAUAAUAAUGAUGAUUCAGACACAGAAUCAGUUGCAUCGGGGCCAUGUAUUCCGAUAAAUCAAGAUACGGAGAUAAAAAAUACAAUAAGAAGUGAACGUAUCGUUUUAAGUUCAAAAAUCGCGGCGGACUGUCCGUUCUUUUUAUAUAUAUUAAUGACAAAAAUAAUCUCAAAAUUUGAGCAUCUUCCUAAUGAACUAUUACUUGAUAUAUUGGCAUAUUGUCGUCCACGAGAUUUAUUUAUAUCAUUAUUUAAUCUUAAUCAACGUUUAAAUACACUUAUAUAUAGUCAAUCAGUUAAUAUUGAUUUAGGUAAUGCAUUACCGAAAUAUUUACUUGAUGUUUAUUAUAAAUCCGUUUUAUAUAAUGCACGUGAACAAAUAUAUUGUUUACGAUUAUCAGAUACAUAUGGACGCAUGAAUCGUUUUGUCAUAAAUGCUAAACAAUUAGACAUUGAUUUUGAAAUACGAAAGAGUAUACUUAAUCGAGUUAAAUAUUUAAUUUUAUGGGAUCCAGUUAUGACAAGUCUUUAUGAAAUUUUAAAUUAUGUAAAUAAUCUUGAAUAUUUUCAUGUUACAUCAAUAGGAACAGCACGACAAACACCGAAUUUUUCUGAGAGAUUACUUAAAAGACUAUUUGAAAUGAAAACAUUAAAACGACUUUAUUUAGCAUUACAUGAUUCUAUUAUAUUCAAUACUGAUAUCGAUAUAAAUACAUCCCUUGUUCAUUUAACAUUAAAUGGAUGUUAUAUGCAACAUUUAGCACCAUUACUUCGUCGAUUACCUAACAUUCGAAAACUUAAUAUCAUGUGUUACAAUCGGCCAAAUCUUUUUUCUAUAAAUCCAGAAAAUUUUGAUUAUAGUCUAUAUGAUGGACUUGCUGAUUGUGUACCAUAUUUAACACAUUUAAUAUUGCAUGUUACUCAUACUCCAUUUUUCGAAAUAAAGGCUCUUCUCCAACAAUUAUCCAAACUUAUAAAAUUAUCAUUUUCAUCACUUCUUAUCGAAGAAUAUUCAAAUGGUUUGAAUUGGGAAAAUAUUAUUACAAAAUAUUUACCAAAUUUACAAAAGUUUAGUUUAUUUAUUAAUGAAGCACAAAUUCCAACACGUACGCAAGUUGAUCUUAUUAAAAUGAUACAAUCGUUUUCUAGUCCUUUUUGGCAUCGAUGGCCAGUUGUUAUUGAAUAUUAUAUUGAUUCAAUAUCAAAAAAACAUCUCAUGUUGUAUACAUUACCCAGUCAAAAGGAUAGUAUACGAACAUAUUUAUAUGGAGUACAAACACAAACAGCAAGAGAAAUAUUUGAUGAUGAUCAUUUAAACUGUAAUAAAGUAGUAAAAAACUUAGAUUAUAAAAAGGUGUAUGAACUUCAUUUUACUCUUCAUUCAAAUCCGCCAUCAAAUGUUCUUUUACCAAAUCGUAUUUACACAAAUCUCAAAUCACUAUCGUUUUCAUCAGAACUAACUGAUCCAGGAUCCUAUGAUGCAGAUAUAAUAUUAAAUGAUUUAAAAGAAAUAUUUUCAACGUCUGUACUUGCAAAUAUAAAACGUAUUUAUUUAUACAAUCGAAUUUAUCCAAUAAAUUUUCUUUCAAGAUUAUUAAAUCUAUUACCAAAUGUACAAAGUCUUCGAAUAGAUGCAUCUUUAUUUAAUAUUUCAACAGUUUUUACUCGUAUUACAAGUUUAACAGUCGAUUUGAAUUCGAAUGUUAUAUGUAAAACAACAGAUAUUCUUCGUCAAAUGGGUACUUUUCUACCUAAUAUACGCUAUCUUUAUCUUGAAUUAAAAAAUGCUCAAGACAUCUACAUUCUUCUUGUAUAUUGUCUUCGAAAACUUGAACAUCUAUUAGAUAUUCAUAUAACACUUCACGAACCAAAUGUGCGUAUUGAUCAACAAGCGUUUAUAUCAUGGUUUAAUGACUAUAAAUUAUUAAAUGGAUUAAAUAAUAAAGUCCAAGUUGAAUUUGGAGGUGAAGAUAAUCGUUUACAUAUUUCAUUGUGA